AUGAGACCCGAAGAUAUGCCGAACAAACACGAUCGCGAGACGAACGCGCCCGCUAUGCAAUUUGUCGUCCCCGAGUCUCAAGAUAAAACGGCUCAGAGUCACGAACCCAACCCGAACAUACACGAGCGGCAGCCGAGCGCGUCGCAAGUCGCAGCGGGACCUCAAGGUCAAGCGUCGAACUCGGAUGUCAUAGCCUUGCAAGAGACAUGGCUCCCACCGCAUGAUAUCCCUUGCUUGGGUAGUAUAGACGACAGUUUUGCAUACACCGGCAAGUCAGCAGUGGAUACUUCGGCCGGUAUACUAAGAGGCAGGCCAUAUGGGGGUGUGGCUUUACUUUGGAAGAAGGACGUGUUCCCAAUAGCAACAGUCAUCGAGUACACUCACAAGGACGUAAAGAGAUGUAAAAGUGCGGAGUCGGAUGUCGCUGUCAGGUUCACUAAUAAGCAGGUGAAGAAUGUUAUCCGAGGUAUGGUCAAAGGCAAGUCACCAGGUCAUGAUGGUCUAAGUAUAGAACAUCUAAAGAGUGGAGAUGCCUCGGAUAUAUCAAAUUACAGGCCGAUAUCUUUAGCCACAAUAGUGGCCAAAGUAUUGGACAGUCUGCUUGACCAGCACUUGAAUAAACAUAUCAACCUCCACGACCAACAAUUUGGCUUCCGGACAGGUUUGUCAACAGAGAGUGCUAUCAUGUGCCUCAAGGAGACUGUUCAGUACUACGUGACCAGAAAGACGCCGGUGUAUGCUUGCUUUUUGGACCUUUCAAGGGCGUUCGACCUCGUUUCUUACAGAAAGUUAUGGGAAAAGUUGGAAGAUGAAACGUUUUGUAACCAGGAGGUUGUGUCUUUAUUGAAACAUUGGUACAACAAUCAAACUAAUGUAGUGAAAUGGGCUGGAGCGUCAUCAGCAGUGUACAGGUUGAAUUUUGGAGUGAGACAGGGUGGCCUGACCUCACCCAGACUCUUCAACCUGUAUAUGAACGGACUUAUUGGUGAGCUCAACAGUACCGGCGUCGGAUGUCACAUAGACGGUAAUAAUGAUCACUAA